AUGCAGCCUAGUGCAACCGUGCGCCGCCUCGCUGACAGUCCAGGCGGGCCAGUACAGCUCGCGGCAUCUUGCGUCUCCUCCCUCUUCGCCUUCCUCUGGGACGUGCUCGUCGACUGGGGCCUCGGCCCUCGGCCCGUCCGACGCGGCGCGGCCAACUCGGGCGCCGCGUUCUGGCUGCGGCCGGUGCGCGCGCUGCCGACGCUGUGGUACUUUGUCGGCAUCUGCGUCGACCUGGUCGCGCGGCUGACGUGGGCCGUCUACAUCUCGCCGCACCAGAGGAUCCGGCGCAAGUCGGUGGAGGUGCACGCGGACGACGCGCGCAGGCAGCCGCUGCUGCCUGACGGCCCGCGGCCGGCGCGAGGGUGGGUGCAGAGGGAGGGCGCGCCGCGGCCCGAGUACACGCACGACCUGAUCAGUGCGGCGCUGAGCCAGAACAUCAGGUCGAUGACCACUCGGGCAUCGGCCGGGGGCAUGCACGUGAAAUAG